AUGGCUCCCGCUCAUCUCCGCAAGCCACCUCAGGCCCCGCCUACCUUUACUGCGACCCCGCAGUCGUUGGUAGCUGAUGCCGAGCGCUUGAUCAAAAGCUCGCGAGCCAUUCAGGACAAGGUGGUGGCGGAGAUCAAGCCCGAUGACGCGACCUUUGCCAACGUUAUCCGCCCUCUCGCCCAAGAUAACAAUGUGAUGGCACUGGAGUCACACAUCCUUGGCUUUUAUCAAGCUGUAUCGACCGAUUCGAAGCUGCGUGAUGCCUCAUCCAAGGCCGAAGAGCUGAUGGAUGAGUUCUUCAUUGAGGCGGUCAUGCGUGAGGAUGUGUUUGGUCUCGUCGAUGCUGUACUACGUCGCAACGAGACUCUCGACCCGGAGUCGCGCCGUCUGUUGGAGAAGGAACACAAGGAUUUCGUCCGCAAUGGACUCGGCCUGCCCGCCGGACCUCAGCGGCUCCGCUUCAAGGAGAUCAAGAAGCGGCUGAGCCAGCUGAGCAUUGAGUUCCAGAAGAACCUCAAUGAAGAGAAUGGUGGCAUCUGGUUCACUCCUGAACAGCUCGAUGGUGUACCCAAGGACGUCCUGGAUGGCCUGAAGAAGGGCGAGGGUGAGAAUGACGGCAAACUCUGGCUGUCAUUCAAGUACCCCGACCUCUUCCCCACUAUGAAAUACGCCACCAACCCCGAGACCCGGCGAGAGGUCAUGAUUGCCAACGAGAACAAGUGCAACCAGAACGUGCCGCUAUUCCGUGAAUCCAUUGUGCUUCGUGAUGAGGCGGCCCGUCUACUCGGCUAUCCCAACCACGCUGCUUUCCGUAUUGAGGACAAGAUGGCCAAGACUCCCGAGACCGUUGACAAGUUCCUCGGUGAUCUUCGGGACAGACUGACCUCCGGGGGUCGGAAGGAGGCCCAUAAGUUGCUGCAGCUGAAGAACGCCACCGACCCCAAGGCCGAUGGCCGCUAUUACCUGUGGGAUCACCGGUUCUAUGACCGUCUCAUGCUCGAGAAGGACUAUUCUCUGGAUCAUCAGCUCAUUGCUGAGUGGUUCCCCUUGCAGACAACCAUUCAGGGUAUGCUGAAGAUCUUCGAGGAGUUAUUCGGUCUGGAAUUUGUCGAGAUCAUUGGCGAGGACCGGGCAGCCAUUGCCCCAACAGGCCAGAGCGACGAUAUUGUCUGGCACGAAGAUGUCCAAGUGUUCAGUGUGUGGAACGAUGAGGGCGAAGGCAGUGGGUUCGUUGGAUACUUGUACUUGGACCUGUUCCCUCGCGAGGGCAAGUAUGGUCAUGCAGCCAACUUCAACCUGCAGCCGGGCUUCGUUGAUAAGGAUGGUAACCGCCGAUUCCCUGCCACCGCCUUGGUGUGCAAUUUCACGAAGCCUCAGCCCAAGAAGCCUAGUCUGCUGAAGCACGAAGAGGUCGUGACCCUCUUCCACGAGCUAGGUCACGGAAUCCACGACCUGGUUUCUCGGACUAUCUACUCUCGCUUCCACGGUACCAACACAGUGCGCGACUUCGUUGAGGCACCCAGCCAGAUGCUAGAGAACUGGUGCUGGACACCCUCACAGCUGCGCUCUCUGAGCCGACACUACUCAACUCUCUCCCCGGAGUAUCUGGCCAGCUGGAAGGAAGCCCAAGAUGGCAAGACUGAUGCCAGUCCACCAUCAGAGCGCAUCCCCGACGACGUGAUUGCGAAUUUGAUCCGCACCAAGCACGUCAACGAUGCCCUGUUCAAUCUGCGCCAGCUGCACUUUGGUAUCUUCGACAUGACCGUGCACGAGCCCAAGAGUCAUGCUGAUAUCGAGGCCCUGCCUCUUUCUGCGACAUACAACCGUCUCCGGCAGGAGAUUACCCAGAUGGAUGGACCAGAAGCUCUGGGCGCUGGUAGCGAGUGGGGACACGGCGAGGCGACCUUCGGGCAUUUGAUCGGAGGCUAUGAUGCUGGAUACUAUGGAUACUUGAGCUCUCAAGUCUACUCCACCGACAUGUUCUACACGGUCUUCAAGGAUGACCCCAUGAACAAGGCUUCUGGUCGCCGCUACCGAUACCAGGUGCUGGAGAAGGGUGGUAGCCAAGAUGAGAUGAAGACUCUAACCGACUUCUUGGGCCGUGAGCCCCAGACUGAUGCAUUCUAUAAGGACCUCGGACUGGCUUAA